AAUUGUUCUUUUAACAACUUAACAUGACAGUCUCUUUCAACAACUUUGAAUUUGUUAUUGUAUUAUUUAAUAUUAAACCUUACCCAAAAUAAAAUAAUAUCAGGACGCUUUAAAAGUACAAGAGGCUUGCUGGAGUUCUUAAUUGUGUUUCUUGACAAGGAUAUCAGUAGAUUCUGGAACUGACAAAAGGGAUGCCUAACACUUCUGCAAGUCCCCAGUCCCGCAUUUCCUGCUAUUGAAAUGAUGCUUUGUGUUUCUGAGACAUGUGUUUCAUCUAGUGGCAAUGCACAACUGAGAGUCUUGUUUUUAUGUGUUCAGUGGAAUGGUUUUGUUGGAGGUCUUGUGUGCAGCAGACAAUGACAUAGUCUGUUUUUCAAUGAAAAUGUCUCCCUGACCUUGAUGGUGUUUUAAGGGAGCCCCAUGGGGAGCACAGAACAAUGGUCUGUAAGGUCUGUUUUGGGUUUUGUUUCAUGUUCAUGUUUUCAUGUCUUUUAUUUUGUUAUUGUUUGAUUUUGCUGUUUGUGUCAUGCUUCCCUUGCCCUCAUGUAUCUCUGCUUUGUGUAUGUUUCAUGUUCUCAUUGGUUAUUGUCUGGUCAUGUGAUUAUCAGUUCUGUUGGUUCUCAUUGGUUGCUUUAGUCAUGUGUCUUGUUCCCAUUGGUUUGUUCCUGUCAAUUUACCCUCAUUGUUUACUAUAAGUAGUCAUGUUUUUGCCAUUGUCUGUUGUCAUGUAUUAACGUAAUGUUGCAACCUGCUGUCGGUGAGUCAAGUCUGUUCUAGUCAAGUCUUUGUUUAUUUUUUGGAUUACACCUUUGUAAAUAAACUGCACUUGGGUUCAUCUACACUCUCCUUCAGUGGACUGUUCGUUACAGAAUACACGACCUACCAUGAACCCAGCAGUUUCACGCCUCUUCUGCCUUUGUCAAGGUAAUCAGGCCAUUGAGGACUAUGUUUAGGAAUUUUGUGACCUGUGCUACCAGGUGGACUUUAAUGAUGUGGCCCUUAAGGACAUUUUUCGAGUGGGGUUAAAUUAACCCAUUCGCUCUCAGUUGCCUGGGGGAAAGAUUCAUUGGUCACUGGAACAGUAUAUAGACUUUGCCUUGUGCAUGAGUGGAUCUACUUUUACUGUGGGUGUAAGGAAGAACACAACACUUCCUCAAAGUUGUCUCACAUCAUGCCUGCCAAGCCAAGGUCAACUCACAUCUUGUCUGCCAAGCCACUAACAUCAUGUCUGCUACCCCAGGGUUUGCUCACGUCAUGCCUGCCAAGCCAGCACCUGUUCACGUCAUGCCUGCUAUGCCAGAGCCUACUCACAUCAUGCCAGUUUCUCAAGAGAUUCUCCACAACAUGGAGAAUCUCUUGAGAAUGUUUGUGCAUUGUUUGUGAUCUGUCGCAAAAUGGCUGCCAGUCAAGAGUCUCUUCAGAAAAUGGCUGACAUUCUAGAGCCUCGUCACGCCUCAGCUGAACUUCCAGAGCCUCGUCACGCCUCAGCUGAACUUCCAGAGCCUCGUCACGCCUCAGCUGAACUUCCAGAGCCUCGUCAAGCCUCAGCUGAUCAUCCAGGGUCCCGUCACGACCUGGCCGACAUUCCAGAGUCCCGUCACGACCUGGCCGACAUUCCAGAGUCCCGUCACGACCUGGCCGCCUUUCCAGAGUCCCGUCACGACCUGGCCGCCAUUCCAGAGUCUUAUCACGACAUGCCUGUCGAGCCAGGGCCUUCACAUAAAAUGGCCGCCAUUCCAGAGUCUGCUCACGUCAUUCCUGUCGAGCCAGGGCCUUCACACAUGAUGGCCGCCACGCCCGAGUCCCCGGCCAAGAUGGCAGCCACGCCCGAGUCUCAGUACUUCUAGUAAUGGCAGUCGCCAUUUUGAGCAUGUGGGCUGCACACUGUGCUCCAGAGACUUUUCCGGUCCACGAGUCUGCUCCUGAGGCUUCUCCUGGCCCUGAAUUCACUCCAGUGGCCCCAGAGGCAGAGGCACGGCAGAAUCUCCAGAGGAGGUCAUCCACGAACUCUCUGCCUGUCCUGCCACGGGCAAGGAGGCCAUCCACGAACUCUCUGCCUGUCCUGUCUCGGCCACGGAGGCUGCUCAUUAAGUCACUGCCUGUCCUGUAACGGCCACGGAGGCCGCUCAGGAACUCACUAUCUGUCCUGUCACGGCCAACUUGUCUGUCCAUGUCCCUGCUCCACCAUGGCUUCCAGCUCUGCGUGCACCGCCUGGCCACCCCGCUAGGCCUGCUCCACCAUGGCUCCAUACUUCUCUGGAUCUGCUCCACGGCCCAGGUCCCCCUCUGUUCCAUGAUCUGUCACUGCUUCACGGCCCAGGUCCCCCUCUGCUUCAUGGUCUGUCUCUGCUCCACAACCCAGGUCCCCCUCUGUUCCAUGGUCUGACACUGCUCCACGGCCCAGGUCCCACUUUGCUCCAUGGUCUGUUCCUCCUCCACUCCACCACCCUCCUGGAAUUUUUUGGGGUUAGUUUGUUUGGGCGUCAGGUCAUAUUCAGAUAAAGGUUUAAAAAUAAAAAAAUAUACACAUUCAAAUAAAGAUUUCAGAAUGCAGGCUCAUUAGUACAUUAGUGCAUUAAAGUGUCACUAAUUAAACAAAUAUUUUCAGUUAAUUGUCAGCCUCUUAUAUGUGUGCUCCUUAUAAACAAUUAGCGGAUAUGCAUAUAAACAGCCUUUUAAUUAACAGAGUUAAUAUUCAUGGCUGAUAGUAAGGCAUGUAAAUAUAAAAUAAAUCAAACUGGAUGCAAGAACAGCUGUUACUUCUUGCCCAACAUGUUAAUGAAAGCAAUAACCUCAUGAUUAAGGUGAUUUACCUUUUUAAAAGCUCAUUAUUCUCAAAGGUUUCUAGAAUGUUUCUGUUCCGAGGCAGAUUGCCAGCAACAGCCAUUUUAUGAUAGUUUCCUGCACAUAUUUGUUCAUUAGGGAAAAGUGUCUUGUGGGAAAAUAAAGUAUGUUUGUUCUUUCCACUUCCCUUUGGUCAUAAUAUUUUAUCAGUAGAAAGCACUAUACUAAGGUUAGUUUAAUAGCUCCCUUGGUUGAAGAGCAUUAAAUAUUUACACAAUUUUUCUGCAUAUAAUGGACAAAGAAAUCAAUAUCAUGGCUCUUUCAUGGUUGACUGAUAUUGAGUGAUUACAUUUAUAUAGUAUAUGUGGGCAUAUAACUGAUGGCUGCUUGCCAUUAUGUGGUACAAUCUGUGUACAAUCUAUAACUAAUAGUUUGUUUUUUGCAAAAAAAAAAAAAAAAAAAAAAACCUUAAUAUGUACCAGUUACCAGUUGUUUCAUACUGAUACUGAACUAAAGUGUAAUUUGUUUCAUUACAUAAUUGCUAGGCACUAACAUUUCUUCCAGGAAUGCAUUCUAAACAUUUAAGAUAAUUUACUGGCCUUUUAAAGUAUCAUGCACUAUUUAAUUUUUGUUUACAUGUAUAUGAAAAAAGCAGCCAGAACAUUCUGCUAAAUAUCUUUUUGUGUUUUACUUAAGAAAGAAAGUCAAGUAUGAAAGUCUGCCCCCAAAUGUACCAUGAAAGCAAUUGUAUUUGCUGGUGCUUAUGGCAAAUGCACUCCAUUUGCAUGCAUCUCUGGAUAGGUGUUUAUUUGAUGUUGCAAUUCACAUUUUUGUAGGAGUGGUCAGUUGUUGUCAUAUUUAGAAUAUGUGUGGCAACAUGUUUGCACAAGCUGAAAAAACUUGCGUCAGCAACAGUCAGUAUUGCACCAUUGGCCAUACUUGCAUAAUUUUGGGCAUUGGCAGGAUAGAAAAGUGAAUGUUAAGUUUAUAAGUGGUGAUGCAAAGUACACAACCAAGUGUUGUAUUACAAAUGUAUAAAAUGUUAUAUUUAGGUUCC